AUGCCAUCUGGUCCAAAGAAGAGGAGAGCUACCAAGAAGAAGCAAGAAAAGGCACAGACAAAACAAGCUGAUGAGUUCACCUCAGUUUCUAUUGUCAAAGUGACCAUACCAAUUGAAAAGUUAGCCAAAGAGGCUCAUGAUUUGCAUGAAGCCAAGAACACAACAGGAGAUGUUUCUCAUAAUUCUAAGGCUGCUGGAGAUGAAAGUGCUACUGAAGAAACUGAAGUUUCCUUGUUGGAUGUUGCAUCUAAUGAGGACCACGCAGUGUCUAAAGAUGAACCACUUGUAGAAUCUAGUGAAAACUUGAAAGGAAAUGAAUCUUGUGGAGUGGUGUGCAAUGAUACUACUAAGGAAACAGAACAAUUGACUGUGGCACCUGAACAAAAAUUUGAUCAGAUCCAUGAUUUAUUGUCUGAAGCCCCGAAUACGAAAGAAAUGCUUGAGAAGAACUAUGAUCUAUUGUCUGUUAAUGACACUACUAUGCUGUUGGUAUCAAAUGAAGCAGCUUCUGUUGGCAAGGAAUUGGAAGUUGCUGAAUGCCUAACAGGAAAAUUUCCUGAUGAGUUAGAGGAUGCUGCAUCUGUAGUUGAGAGUGCUAUUGAAGAAAAAGAAGUGUCCUUACUGAAAGUUACUUGUAAUGAGGACAAUGAAAUGUCUAAUGAUGAAACUGUUGUGCCUCAGAAUGCUGGUUGCAUCAAUGAAAGCGUAGAUUCUGGUGAAAAGCUGAAAGAUAAUGAAUCAGUCGAGGAAAAGAAAGACACCGCUCCAUUAGUCCCCGUGACCGUGGUGUCCAAUGAUGGUGUCAAGGAAGUAGGAAGCACCUCAAAGUUCAAUGAGCUAUUGUCUGUUGUGUCCAACCUUAGUAAGGGAAAUGACAGUAUUAAGGAAGAAAUAGCAGACACUACUCUAGUGGCCUUAGGUGGGUCCAAUGUUAGUAAGGACAUAGAGAGCAGUUUUAUCUUCCAUGAUCUGUCUGGGGAGUCAGUUGAAGGAAUGAAAGUCACUGCUCAACUAGUCUCCGACAAAGACUCAGCGUUCAUUCUUCCUAGGGUGGGAUUACCAGUUGUUUUAGCCCUUCAAUCAUCAAAUGAAUGUGUUGAAAACACUGGCUGCUUUCCUGCUCCCGAGAUACCAUUUGACUCCAUAUGAAUGCAUGCAGUGUCCUCAAGUACAGUUUCUCCAGCUACCGAGAAUCAAGUUUACUUUGCUUGUCCUAUGCAUUGUAACACUGAAUGUAGUUUUCCUCAGUGGCUAAGAGGGCAAUCAGAUGUUGAUAUCACUGCUAGAAAGGAGAGUUUGGACCAUUUUAAGUCAAGUGUGGUGGAGCUUAAGGGUGCAUUACAUGGCCUCAAGGAAGAUCUUCAGAAUGUGCUGGUUAAGCUGGAUGCUAUUUCAUUUUGAACCAGCUCUUGGUCAAGAAGUUAUCUAUAUGAUUCUAGUAGAAAGUAUGCUAUCUGAAUAGCUUAUAUUGUUGUCCUGCUGUUUACAUUUUCAGCAAUACAUUGAGUUUCCUGAUGUUCUAGUUAUCAUAAUGCUGUUCAGUGA